GCUUCCUGACUUGCAAAUUCAUUGGUUCUGCAAAAAACCCUAGGAAGUAAUUGACUUAAGUUUGGCAGUUGCCUGUCAGUGGCCAGGUGGGCAUGGCUACACCCACUCCCCAUAGCUGCACAAAGCAAGAGAGGGCUAUCAAGGAGCAGUGGACCCCUGCACUUUUGGGGGACAGUGGGGACUAGAUUACUAUGCAACCUCCCUAGCUGGAUUGUGGAUGGAUGAACAGACAGAUGGAUGGAUGAAUAGAAUGAAUAAAUGAACAAAACAGCUCAUUGUCUCAUCACUCAAAUGCUACUUCUAGUAAUGAUAAUGGAUGGCAUAACUAAGACACCCAAGCAUGUGUCAGGAAAUCUAAGCCAUAAAAAAGGAGUGACCAUGGGCCGGUGUAUGCCCAUGAUCCCAGCAUUCAGCCUUGCAGGCUGGCUCUGGAACCUGUUCCCAUUUUGCUGCACCCAUUCUUGGACCAUGUCUGGUAAACUGCAUGGUGUUCACAUGGGCCAUUGUUCCCCUGGAUAAUUUCCUACAGAUUUACAUGUGUGCUCCCUAACUGUGUGUGGUGGUGGGAGCCUUACCAAAGCAGUUUUCUCCUGCUUCCCCCGCGGUGCGGGUACAUAUGACAACAGGGUCCCCAGCUGGGAAGCCUUCUAAGUGAUGUCCACACUCUGAGGCUGGGAGGGUGCCGGAAUGGCUGGACCUUGGUCAGUUUCUGUUAAAAAUUGACCAAAGGCCAAACCCAGUUCCUCAGAAUUCCAUGCAAUUUCCAUGUCUGCUCAGCUCACAGAAGGUGGAGGCCAGGUCCAUCCUACAGUGGAUCAGGAGGGCAAGAGCUUGGAUGUGAGAUCAAUUGACUAAUGGAAGCCUGUGGAUGUGUUUGAGAGUGCAGACCAAGCGUGCAUGCAGACCCGCCAACAUGAGCACUCUGUCCUGUGGAAACAAACUGUGUGGCUGUGUGGACUGCAGAGCCUCAGCUUUUGGGUCUCUUCUGUUCUCUCCUGAGACUGUCCUGAAGCAGUCAUCACACCUAGGGCUUGGGCCUGCCUUCUCUUAAGACUUCCACAAGCCUUCCCAGCCAAGCUCAGGUUCUAUGUAAUCACCAGUUGUCACUCUGGAAGGAACUGUAAAUGGCCACAGAGUGUUUGGUGGACGUUUCCCUAGUUCCUCUUCCUGUGUCUUUCUGUUUAGGGUCUCUGAUAUGAAUCACUAGUUUGUGCUAUAAACUUAGUGAACUCUGCUCAGUGCCAGCCAUUGAUUUGCAGAACUUUGUCGGUUAGAUCCUGGCUCCUUUCCCCAGCCCUUGCUUGCCAGAAGGUGUGUGUGUGAGCAUGUACUCAUACUCGUCUUGUGCUGGGGACAGAACUGGGCCUUACGUGUGCUUGAUAAGUACUGUUGAGCUCACCUAGCCCUUUGAUACACUCUUAGAGGAUCUGUAGUCUGGAGCUGUUCUCUACUUCAAUCAAUCCUAGUAUCUCACGCAGUUCCUUUGUGGGUCUUCAGCCAACUGAGUUAGUCUAUUCAAGGCCAAACAGCAAGAGACCGUAUGUAUUGUAUUAAUUUUGCACAGCCCUGGAGAUUUCCCCAAGAUGUGGACCAGAGAAAUGACCAAAACAUUGGACAUAAUAGUACACACCUGUAAUCCCAGCCCUCAGGAGGAUUGUGAAUUCAAGAGCAGCCUGGGCCAUAUAGCCUAGCUCAAGAGAGCAGGCACUGAUAAUGGAAGUUAGUGGUAGAGUGCUUACCUCACACGCACAAGGUUCCACCCACAACCAAAAAGAAAUAAAGAGCAAGGGGCCACAGUUUCCUGCUUUCUGAAGCAAAGAAUGAUAAUUCUGUAGAGAAAAUAGAACACAGAUCUCUGGGAUAGGCUGGUGAAUUCCAGGGAUGUCACUUGGUGACUGUGGGGACUCUGAAGCCAGCUGGAAAAUGAGGAUCACCCCAAUAAGAUCAUUUAUUCAGGGUCCCCAGCCCUAUUCAGUCUCUGCUUGAUGAAGGCUGUUUUUGUCUUGGUACCUCCCAAGAAAUCUUCACAUUCCGUUGCAGGUGGCCCAUCCUGCACCCAGUUCCUCUUUUAGCUUGAAACAGUCACAAUACCAGUUUGGUGUGAGAUGGCGCCCUCCUUCGUCGAGAACGCACCCAGGGUUGGAACCAUGCCUCACAGGACUCCAGGAGGCACACAUGUUAUCUGCUCUGGCUAGUAGCAGGCUGCAGUGAGCAGGUGCAAGUCUUCCCCUGGCUCUGACCCAAUGCUGUUGGCCGCUGCCAUCUCAUUGGGUCUGCUGUUGCUGGCCCUCUUCCUGCUCCUGCGAUACCUGGGCUGGGGCUCGUUAACUAUCUUCUGGUUUGAGUUCGUGCAGCAGCCAGUCUACAACCUGCUCAUGGGUGACACAAAGGAACAGCGCAUCCUGCGCCAUGUGCAGCAGCACGCCAAGCCUGGAGACCCUCAGAGCGUACUGGAGGCCAUUGACACCUACUCCUCACAGAAGGAGUGGGCCAUGCAUGUGGGUGACGCAAAAGGCCAAAUCAUGGAUACAGUGAUUCGUGAGUAUCGCCCCUCGCUGGUGCUGGAGCUAGGAGCUUACUGUGGCUACUCAGCGGUGCGGACGGCCCGCCUGCUGCCACCUGGAGGCAGGCUUCUCACCAUGGAGAUGAACCCUGACUAUGCUGCCAUCACUCAGCAAAUGCUGAACUUUGCAGGCCUACAGGACAAAGUCACCAUCCUCCUUGGGGCAUCCCAGGACCUCAUCCCGCAGCUGAAGACAAAGUAUGAUGUGGACACAUUAGACAUGGUCUUUCUUGACCACUGGAAAGACCGCUACCUGCCAGACACACGUCUCCUGGAGGAAUGUGGCCUGUUGCGCAAGGGGACAGUGCUUCUAGCUGACAAUGUCAUCGUCCCGGGAGCCCCUGACUUCCUGAAAUAUGUGAGGGGGAGCAGCAGCUUUGAGUGCACACACUACAGCUCACACCUGGAAUACAUGGAAGUGGUAGAUGGCCUAGAGAAGGCAAUCUACAAGGGUCCAAGCAGCCCCAUGAAAUCUUGACCACACAGCCUGCCCUGAGUUCCCCUUCCAGCUUCCUUCUGCAAGAUGACGCACACUCAUGCUGACCCCUCUAUGCUCCUGGAGCCUGUCCUCAAGUGCCUUGGUUCUUGAUUAUCGUACACUGGCACACUAACAUUCAUGGGCUCACAGUCCGAAACCAUUACAAUAAACCUGAAAAGCACCUGAAAAGGCUGAGUUAAAGCUGGAGGUGCAGUGGCUCACAGUGCCUGCCUAGCAUACAAGAGGCCUUGAGUUUAAUCUAAACACCAGAAAACAAAAGAUUAAAAAAAAAAAGCAGGUGUCAUCCUGCUGGUGUCACCUGGAAGAUU